AUGUCUGAUCCAAGCGCCGAACUCGAAUCCACACUCCGCAACCUGUCCAUAGGUGGAAAGGGCCCAGUGCAAGAUAUCCCCCGACCAAACGUGAAAAAACUCCCAACAGCAGCUGUGACAUCAAACCCCAAAUCAAACCCAAAAAUAUCCCGCAAACCCGUCGCAGACUCCUGGGAAGACGAAGCAGACCUCUCCGCCCCGGAAAGCGAGGAAGCCCAACCCCACGACGAAGACGCUACCCCGGUGCUCUCGCCAACCAUCAGCGCCGAGGGACCGCUAGAUCCCCCACCGACUCCUAUUUCUCCACAGACCUCCAACCCGUGGACGGCGAGAGCUGCUUCUCCUGCUUCGGCAAAGGGCCCUCCUACCCGUCGCCCGGAGAAGCAGACUGCUGUUGCGGAGCGGUUGAUUGCCGGUGCGUUGGGGAUCCGCGCUCCGAAGCGGACGGAGCAGCAGCGUGCUUACGAUCGCUCGGUUAAAGAGCAGGAAAUUCGGAGGCGGAAUCGCGAGCGUGAGGAGAAGGCUAAGGCUAAAGAGGAGGAGGAGAAGAUGAAGGCUUCUAUUUGGAACAGUUAG